UGCAUCAACACCACGUCCUCUACAUCACUACCCUCACCACCGUGCCCCUCCGGCCGCCCCCUGGGGCCGCCACGCGUCCGUAGAGGAAGAGGACCAGGCACGUGGAGGAACAUCGCAUCUCCGGCGAGCUCGUAAGACUACUGCUCGUGCAAAUUGCGACACCGACUAGCCAAAUUACUAUGGCAGGUGUCUCCACAGGCACGCCGGCGGUCGAGCGGACCAUUGUAGUGUUGAACAAUCCUAUACAGUUCACAGGUACAGCUCCAGAUCGCUCCACCGGACAAGCAGGCACUCCAAUAGCUACUCAGGGCUCUAUUUCCUUAGUCCCCGACAGCCAACCAGCCCCUGAGGAUGCCCCUAUGUCCACGCCUGAGGA